GGAGCCCUCAGCAAGUGUUUAUUGAGGGCGUAUUAUGUGUUGACACUGCCAGACACGGGGAAUGCAAAGUGUGCCGGUCCCUGACUUUCUCCUACACCAUCUCAUUUUAUCCUCAGAGAAGCCUCUCCACGGGGACCAUGUCGGAACGAGAAGAGCGGCGGUUUGUGGAGAUCCCUCGGGAGUCAGUCCGGCUCAUGGCAGAGAGCACGGGCCUGGAGCUGAGUGAUGAGGUGGCGGCCCUGCUCGCAGAGGAUGUGUGCUACCGUCUCAGAGAGGCCACCCAGAAUAGCUCUCAAUUCAUGAAACACACGAAACGGCGCAAGUUGACCGUGGAGGAUUUUAACAGGGCCCUCAGAUGGAGCAGCGUGGAGGCCGUUUGUGGUUACGGAUCCCAGGAGGCGCUGCCUCUGCGCCCUGCCAGGGAGGGUGAGCUCUGCUUCCCUGAGGACCGAGAGGUGAACCUGGUGGAGCUGGCCCUGGCCACCAAUAUCCCCAAAGGCUGUGCCGAGACCGCUGUGAGAGUUCAUGUCUCCUACCUAGAUGGCAAAGGGAACCUGGCACCUCAGGGAUCAGUGCCCAGUGCUGUGUCUUCACUGACCGAUGACCUUCUCAAGUACUACCAGCAGGUGACUCGUGCUGUACUGGGGGAUGACCCGCAGCUGAUGAAGAUCGCUCUCCAGGACCUGCAGACCAACUCCAAGAUCGCAGCGCUCCUGCCUUACUUUGUUUAUGUGGUCAGUGGGGUGAAAUCUGUAAGCCACGACCUGGAGCAGCUGCACCGGCUCUUGCAAGUGGCUCGGAGCCUGGUCCGGAACCCACACCUCUGCCUGGGGCCCUAUGUCCGCUCCCUGGUGGGCAGUGUCCUCUACUGUGUCCUGGAGCCACUGGCUGCUUCCAUCAACCCCCUGAAUGACCACUGGACCCUGCGGGAUGGUGCUGCCCUCCUGCUCAGCCACAUCUUCUGGACUCAUGGGGACCUUGUAAGUGGCCUCUACCAGCAGAUCCUGCUCUCCCUGCAGAAGGUCUUGGCAGACCCUGUGCGGCCUCUCUGCUCUCACUACGGGGCUGUGGUGGGGCUGCAUGCCCUUGGCUGGAAGGCAGUAGAACGAGUCCUGUACCCACACCUGUCCACUUACUGGACAAAUCUGCAGGCUGUGCUAGAUGACUAUUCAGUAUCUAAUGCCCAGGUUAAAGCAGAUGGGCAUAAAGUCUAUGGAGCCAUUCUGGUGGCCGUAGAGCGACUGCUCAAGAUGAAGGCCCAGGCAGCAGAGCCCAACAAAGGUGGCCCAGGCGGCAGGUGGUGCCGACGCUCCGAUGACCUGCCCUGGGACAGCCUUCUCCUUCAGGAGUCUCCUUCCGGGGGCAGCGCAGAGCCAGGCUUUGGGUCUGGCCUCCCAUUGCCGCCUGGAAGCGCAGGGCUGGAGGAACCUACCCCUUCCGUGACCCUGGCGGACACCUACCGGGAGCUCUACGCCUUCUUCGGUGACAGCUUGGCCACCCGCUUCGGCACGGGUCAGCCCGCGCCCACGGCCCCCCGGCCGCCCGGGGACAAGAAGGAGCCGGCAGCCGCCCCGGACUCGGUACGGAAGAUGCCGCAGCUGACGGCCAACGCCAUGGUCAGCCCCCAGGGCGACGAGAGCCCCCGGGGCAGCGGCCCCUCGUCGGCCUGUGCGCCCACCCGCGACGUCUUCCAGAAGAGCCGUUUUGCCCCGCGCGGCGCCCCUCACUUCCGUUUUAUCAUCGCCGGGCGGCAGGCCGGGAGGCGGUGCCUCUCCGCGCUCGUGUGUCGCGCCGGAUGA